GGUUACCGCGCCCAUCUCUGCUGUUUGAUGGCCGGAGGAAGCGUUUGAGAUACUGGUGUGAAGAAAGAGAGAAUAGGGGGAAGACGGUGGGAAAGACUAGAAGGAUUAAAGAUUGGAAAGAAAUAGUUCUCAAUUGGAAGACCACCCCCAGACUCUAAAACACGUAUUUCGCAAGUAACAUUUGGUGCGGUGAACACUGCCUCAUCUUUGUGCCUCUGUGCCGGUGUGUCUCCCCUUGGCGGAUCGAAAGCUGGAUUCGGGGAGUGCCGCUCCUCGAUAGCUUGUUAUCUCGCCAAGUCUGCGUGCUAGGUGGAAAGAGGAGAACCUGUCUUCGCUGUUUCCAGUCAAUGCGAUAUAAAGAACGGAUACCCUCGACUGAAAACGGAUCAGCACGAGUCCCGGCGGCGGAGCGAAGCACACCAUUAGCAGAGGAAAAUGAGCGAAUUGGACCAGCUACGCCAGGAGGCCGAGCAGCUUAAGAACCAGAUCAGAGAUGCCAGGAAAGCGUGUGCGGAUGCUACACUGUCUCAGAUCACCGCUAACAUCGACGCUGUUGGCCGAAUUCAGAUGCGCACUAGACGGACACUGAGGGGGCAUCUGGCUAAAAUCUAUGCCAUGCACUGGGGCACUGACUCAAGGCUUUUAGUCAGUGCCUCUCAAGAUGGUAAACUCAUCAUUUGGGACAGCUACACCACAAACAAGGUCCACGCCAUCCCACUUCGCUCCUCCUGGGUGAUGACAUGCGCCUAUGCACCCUCUGGGAACUACGUUGCCUGCGGAGGUCUAGACAACAUCUGUUCCAUCUACAACCUGAAGACCCGCGAGGGCAACGUGCGCGUCAGCCGUGAGCUGGCUGGACACACAGGUUACCUGUCCUGCUGUCGUUUCCUGGAUGACAACCAGAUUGUCACCAGCUCUGGAGACACCACCUGUGCUCUUUGGGACAUUGAGACGGGUCAGCAGACGACCACAUUUGCUGGCCACACCGGUGACGUUAUGAGCCUGUCGCUGGCACCAGACACUCGUCUGUUUGUGUCAGGAGCGUGUGACGCCUCCGCCAAACUCUGGGACGUUAGAGAAGGAAUGUGUCGACAGACCUUCACUGGACAUGAGUCGGACAUCAAUGCCAUUUGCUUCUUCCCCAAUGGCAACGCCUUCGCCACAGGCUCUGAUGAUGCCACCUGCCGGCUUUUUGACCUGCGCGCUGACCAGGAACUAAUGGUCUACUCGCAUGACAAUAUCAUCUGUGGUAUCACCUCAGUGGCGUUCUCCAAGAGUGGCCGCUUGCUGCUGGCGGGCUACGACGACUUUAACUGCAAUGUGUGGGACACCCUCAAAGCCGACCGUGCAGGUGUACUGGCCGGGCACGACAACCGUGUGAGUUGCUUGGGCGUGACUGAUGAUGGCAUGGCUGUGGCAACAGGGUCCUGGGACAGCUUCCUCAAGAUCUGGAACUAGAGUCUGAAGAUGUCAGACUCCAAAGUUGCGUGGAAGACCAUUCCGACAUUGAAAUAUUCAAUUUUAUUGCAUAUCCAAUCUUCUCAAAACACCACGAUACUGACUCCAACACCCCAAAUAACUACCAAGGGCAAAUAUUCUCUUUCUCUCCUUCUCAUUUAAAAGAAGAGCACAAUUGUUAUAACUCACUUGACUAAAAAGAUGAGGAAUUCAAUGGUAUGAAAAGGAAAAUUUUGCAUUCCUCCGGGGACCAUCUUCUGAUAUUGUAGUGAACAAAAAUAUGAACACUCACCCCCUCCGCAAAUGUCACACCUCUUUAUUACACAAGGUUUGAGUGAAGUUAAUUACACAACAGUGAUCUAACUCUGAUAGCUUUUUUGGCCAUGUUUAUUAUUAUUCAAUGUUUUUUUGUUUCAAGUAUUUUUUUUCUUUUUCUCCCCUAAGAACUAGAUCAGUGUCGGUUAAUGUUGAAAUGAGGAUUGAAAGCUUUCUUUUAUCUCAUAGUCUUUACACAUAUUUUAGAAUUAUGUUUGUAGAUUGAAAAUAAAAAAAACUUCAAAUGAUCAUUUCAUUUUUAAUCCAGCUUUAUCCCACCUGAGAAAAGACAAGAGAAUUGAGCUACAACAGGGAGUCCAUAAGCCACCCACUGGGUCUGGCCAUUCUGUAUAUUUAGUCCCAAGAUACUUUUACUCUGUUUCUAUUUUCUGUCUAGUCACAAGUCUUUGUUUGCACAAAACUUAACUUUGCAUAUAUAGAAUAAUGUUUCAAGACAAAGUUAACUAACCAAGCACAUGCUGUUUAUGAUAAUGAAUGCUCGUUUGUAAAACGAAAACACAAGAAACAUGCAUUUUAACCAUUAUUUCACCCUUUGUCAGGCAGCAAUGUAGAAUAAUUACAUGAAGAUUAACCCAUUGGUUCAUUAUUUCUUUAUUUUCCAUUUUGUUUCCCCUUUUUCUGUUGACUGUGGUUGGGACCGGUGAUGUGAUUUGGUUGGGUAGGAAGAACCUCCAUUUUAUACCCCGGUUUUAUUCCGGAGUUUCUGUUUCAACAGAGGUGCCCAUUCCUUGCUUGGAAAUGCAGUUACUACUCUGUGAAUGACAUGUUGUAUAAAUCAAUGUUUGAAAAUAAUGAUAUCGAAACUUUUUAAGUUAAAAACAAAAAAAAAGAUUUUGGUUGUCUGCCACGGGUUAACUCUUAGAAUCGCAUGCUGUAGAAUUGCUUAAAAGAGGUGCAUAUGGAACUAAGUCCUUUGAUGUUUUUCUUUAAGAAAAUAACCUGUUGAAUAUAUCAUCAUUACAAUGGUAUUUAUAUUGUUUUGGCUACUCUGUGCAUAAGUAAUUCAAUUUAAAAUGUCAAAGCUAUGCACUUGAGAGAAGCAAACACCACAACAUAACAAAUGGUUACCUGGUCCAUGGGAAGGAUUCCACAAUAAAAGUAAUGUAAACAUUGAAAUUGUAUAAACACACACAAAUGGAACAAAUCAAUUUUCAUUCCUUCUGUAGCAAACAAAUUCCACUGACCAAGAAAAGAAACAUUUUGUAACAAACAGGUUUUUUUCUGUCCUUUAAUAAUAAAAAACAAACAAAAAAACUUGCAGCAUCUGAAUGGCAGAAUUUUCUGUUGUUCCCCUCUUGUAAACAGAGACGCUCUUUCUUUAGCAAUAGUGGCAUUUUUUCCAUUCUGUUUUUUCUCUGCGACAUUCUGUACAAAAAGAAAUGUGCUGUAAUUGUGCGUUAGGCCUGGAGUUGGCAAAAAAAAUAAGAUAAAAAUAAAAAAACUAUUACAAAUUAAUUAAAUUCCCUUUCCUUUUCUCUAUCAUGAAAUAACUGUAGAGCUCUGCACCCCACUGUCCCCUUCUCACCUUUUGUAUUUAAUUUUAAAGUCAGUCAGUGUACAACCUGAAAGCUGGAUGCAAGAUAGAAACUAUAUUAAAAUGUACUGUUAUUUAAGAUGUAAUAAAAAGCAGUUUGAGAUGAC